GAUCAGAGGGGAAUGUCGCACUUCAACUGGACUCUGGACAGUGGAACCAACUACCACAUCCUGCGCACCGCCUGUUAUCCGUAUAUGAAGUACCACUGUAGCAGGAGGGAAGUGCAGGAUCUCUGGCUGGAAGACAAGUUCUUUCGCUUCCUAAAGGUUAUCAAUUUGGGCUUACCUAUGCUCUUCUACGGCCUGGCUGCCAUCCGUCUAAUUAGCCACACAGAGAUCGUUCAUGUCAGCGAGACUGUGAAAGUUCCCAUAUAUUUUCUAUACGCCGAGGACAAGGGGGCAACUUUUUGAUUUGAUUUCAAAGGCAGCCAAAAUUGAAAUAAAAAGGAGAGCCUCCUUUCCCAACAAUGUA